UUCAUAUAUGUUUGUAUGCGUUCAGGUUUAGUUUACGCUUAAUCUAUUGAAUCUAUUUGUAUUUAUUUCUGUUGGGAGUAUUUAUUGAUUAUAUUCUCUUCUAAUUUAUGUGAUUUUAGAUUCACUGGUACAAUGGUUCAACCCACGACAUUGAAAAGGCGACACACUCUGAAAGACACCAAUUUGAUUUGUCUAGUCAAAAAGAUUAGGGAUGCCAAUGUUCCUAAGCAGUAUGCUAGGGUGACGUCCUCACAGCCUCUAGAAACCAUGAGUGCGGAGAACAUAAAGUCAGUGUUCAAGGAACUGACAGGGGAGGAGCUGGGAGAAGUUCUUACUAUGGCAGACAGAGAUGACACACAAGGCAACGCUCGCCUGGCACUGCACUCCGCAGUUAUACUUGCGAACGAGAUUGGGGCGCCUAAAGGUCAACAGCUGGCUGAGGAGCAGGAUGGCCCCGCGCCGAUGAAGAGGCAGAAGACAGGAGGUCAGGACAUGGAAGAACGAGUGGAUGACCUGAAAAAGAAAGCAAGGCUGCUGGCACUUCAAAAAGAGCCUUCAGAGGCGUUGAUACUAUUAACUUUAGAGGAACUGGCGUCGGUUUCCCGCCGCCAUUCCUAUGCUGACGCGGAGACUGUUGAGGAAUUAUAUCGUCAGGCCUCUAGACACCAGGGGGAGGUGAAUAUUGCGGCAUUAUGUUUGUCUGUCCUUAAUAAACAAGCUUCAGACCUGGUGUCUAAGGCUCUGGCAAAAUGUCUCAAAACUAAGGAAGUUGAGAAGCAAGAUGCCCCGAAAGAGUCUUCUCCACUUGCAGGUUUAUAUCCUCAGAUGCCACAGGCUCAGUGGCCGAUGUUACCUCCUGCACAUACGGGAUUCGGCUAUCCGUAUUCUUUCGGCCAUACAUUUAGACCUAGGUAUAAACCAAGAGGGGGAAGGUCUCCUUUCCGUCCGAGGGGUGCUUGCCUGUUCUGUGACUCUACGGAGCAUCAGGUUAAAGACUGUAUGCUCAUGAAGAGAGCUAAACAGAAGAACUGAAUCAAUACAACUAGUAGUCAUAUAGUCACACAGUUGUAUUAUGU